AUGUUCCCGAACUCCAUUUUCAUACUUACAACCAUUUUGUUUCUGGCCUCCUCCCUCCGCCCUUCUCCCUCCCUUCCAUUUCACACCUGUAGAAAUCUGAACCAUAAUCUGUUCAGUGGUCGUCUGCCCAGCCCUGCCUCGUCCGGCAUCUUAGAGUACAAGAUGAACAGCAAUUUUUUCACACACGGGAAUGUCAAGUUCAACUGCUCAGCUGCUGAAUGGAGCGUCGAUCUCAACUGCCUCUCCACUGACCUGCUCAUCUGUGGCCGUGUUCCGUCCUCAAGGUCCCCAGCUGCCUGUGCUGCAUUCUGUGGGAUGGAGGCUGGGUCCACUGCCUCUGUGUGUGAGGGGCAUGGCUAUUGUUCUGUGAAUCAGUUCACUGGAGGGGGGGAGUGUGUGUGCGAUCCCAACUACCUUCUUGACAGCACCAACACCAACGUCUCCGUUGGAGGAUCGCUGGCAUCAGACUCGGCCUAUGUGGCUGUGCGGGGAUCAGCUGCUGUGCUUUCCAACGGCUCCAUUCUUCUCACAGGAGGGGCGCCCAACCAGCAGGGAGCAGCGUUUGCCUCUCCCGCGCUGCGCCUCUUCUACUUCCCCAACAAGCGCUCCCUCUGCGGGAUUGAGCUCGCAUUCACCGCUGCCUUCAGCUUUGCCAUGCAUGCACUGGGCCACGUGGCAGUUGGAGAGGGCUUUGCAUUUGUGGUGGCGGCAGCUGCUUCUGGCAAGGGGGCGAGUGUGGGGCUGGGAGGGGUGGGGAAGCGGAGUGUGGCGGUGGAGUUUGACUCGGUGCUGAGUGUGAAGCACAGCGACCCCAAUGACAACCACGUGGGCGUCAAUGUGGGCGGUUCACCUGUGUCCCUCGCCUCUGCCACGGCCCCUCUCAUCCUCAACGAUGGCCACACCAAGCACGCCUGGAUCCACUACGACCCCACCAGCGGCGGCACCCUCCGAAUCUUCCUAUCCUCUGAACCCGACCAGCCCCUCGGCCCCGCCCUUACAGCAAGCGUGUCUCUCUGCUCCGUGCUCAAGCCCACUGCAUCCGAAUCUCUCUUCCUCUUCGGCUUCGUUGCCCUUUCAGGCAGCCAGCCCCAGAGGCACACCAUCCUGAACUGGCAGUUCACCACAGGGAACCAGCGGAGGCCUCCACACCUCGUGGUGCUGCAGUGGAUCGCGGAGGCGUGGGAUCAAGUCCCCAAGCAGGUCAUCUUUGACGCGUUCCGCCACUGUGGGAUUUUAAGCAAGCUGGACGCGACGGAGAACCACCAAAUAAUGUCUCACCUGCACGCUAGGAGCACUAUCAAUGUCUUCAAGGACAUGAGCCUCGGUGGAACCACGGGCGACAACAUGCGCCUGCUUGGGCAGGCGCUAGAGGAGGAGGAGGAGGAGGAGGAGGAGGAGGAGGAGGAGGAGGAGGAGGAGGAGGAGGAGGAGGAGAAGAAGAUGCAGGCGGAGGGCGUGAGGGAGGUGGCCGUGGCAACCGGCCUGGAGGUGCUGUACUAG